AUGGCGCCUGUCAAGAUAUUGAAGAGACCUCAUAGCGCAGUCCAGUGUUCCAGCUGUAGACAACGUUAUGAUUCGAUCGAUUCGUUGGACCAGCACCUUGAAACAUCAUCGACGGCUCGCCGCAUAUGUCCCAAGACCAGAACUCCUACAUUGAUUGUUUGCGUUGAUUGCGAACGCAACUUCAGCAGCACCCAAGAACUUGAAAAGCACAUCCAAGACUCUUUCUCCCACAAUCCAGAGCUCUCCAAGCCCACUGGUAGGUGUGUCUUUGUUGGACGACUACCCGACAACGUCUCAGAGCAAGACGUUGUCAAGACUCUUUUCAAGGGUUUCGUAGUUGAGACAACGUCGAUGCGCACUCAUUGUCCUCACACAGACAUAUUCACCUUCAUCAGUUUGACGACUGUCGCCGAAUCCAAACGUGCUGUCAAGGAACUUCACAACAAGAAGUUUCUUGGUCAGAGAGUGAUUGUCUCCCUGCAGCGCUCCAAGGAAGCUUCCGAACCUCGACCAACAGGUCACAAGGCACGCUCCUGCAUCACAAGUAUGGCUCCUACCAAUACUAUGGCCCCUCUCAAGCCUACCAGAAUGGACCUUGGUAAAGAGAACAUCGUUGAAUCGCCUCCCAUCGGUCACGCUGCACAUGGCCGACCUUACUACACUCCAGCUCCGCCUCCACCUCGAUCGACUCAUUCUCGAGAACACACUUCCACGUCCGACUCUGCUCCUCCUGUCGCUAUCAAUCAACGUCAUCGCGCCGCUCCGUUCGUCUCAUCAUCGCCUCCUUCUUCUGCCCCUGGAGCCUAUGCAAGCUUUCACCCAAUGCCUCCAUCUGAAUUUCGACCUAUCAAUCCUUAUCUUGCUCAUCACCUCCCAACUAGCUUCUUGCCAGGCGGUCUCAGUCCAACUAUGCAGUAUCCGUCGUCGAGCGUUCCGCAGCAGCACCUACGCCGUCAUCGUGGCCGACGUAAGCAGUUUCCACCCUCGUACGACGGAGCUCCAGAUUCACCUCAUGCUUCACUGCCAUCUACUAGCAUCGGUUCGCAAAUCUUGGGCCCUUCCUAUGCCGUAGAAGCUGAUUCCCGCGGGUUAGUACCUCCUGGUCUUUCAGUCCAUUCGAGCGUUGAUCCACAAUUCUGCGUCGAUAAAACAUGGCCUACACUUGUCUCAUCUGAUCUUGUCCCAGAAGCUCGAGCCUGGACGUCCUUCCGGGAAGAUGAGGUCGAGGAUGCUUACCAGUCUCUUAAGAAGCAUUGUCACAAUGCUGACUGUUUGAUCUCGGCUGGCUUUCACAUCAACACACCUGUCAUGCCUCCUAUUGCUGAGAUCAAAGCAAAGGUCAAGUGCAUCUACUGUCAUAAUUCUCGUCACAGACUUGAUCGCUUGAUCGCAACAACAGGUGUGAGAAAUUGUCCUGCCGCGAGAAAUGAUAAGCAUAGAUUUCCUGGCAUCACCCACCUGACUUCGCGCUAUCAGGGCUUUGACAAUGCCCCUCGCUUCUCUUCGACCAACUCUGCUACCAAGCGUCGAGCUAUUGCUCUCGAUUGUGAGAUGGCUGGCGGCAGGAACGGUGACGGAUUUGUGGAUCAAUUGAUCCAGCUGACUGCUAUCGAUUAUCUCAGCGGCGAAGUUUUGAUCUCAGCUCUGGUCAGACCUGUCUUGGAUAUCACACAGUGGCGCACCAACAUCCAUGGUGUGAGCCGCGGUGUGAUGGCAAAGGCUACUCGUGAUGGUACUGCUCUUCAAGACAUGGUUCAUGCCCGUGAGGUCUUGUUCUCCCUCAUGGACCAGGACACUAUUCUUGUCGGUCAUGCAUUGAAGCACGAUCUCACCGUCCUCAAGAUCGUUCACAGUCGCUGUGUGGAUUCAGAGCUGCUGGCCAAGGCUGCUAUCGACAGACCUGGUCAGGGCGGAACUGCCUUGAAGAAGGUGUGCGAGAGCCUCCUGGGUCUUGGUGUACAGAGACUAGCUACUCACUCAUGCCUCGAAGACUCAUUCGCUGCUCGAGAGACUGUCAUCUACAUGGUCUCACAUCCCGAAGCACUCUCCAAAUGGGCAAAGGCCAAGCAGGAAGUUUUUGACGAGGAAACUGCUCGCAGAGCUGCUAUCAAACAGGCCAAGGAAGAAGCCAUUGCCAAGGCUGCCGAAGCUGUGAGGGAGCAGAAAGAGGAAGAUGCAGUUGUCCCUGUGCCUCUUAUAUUGGCCAUGCCAGCGUUGGUUCCUACGCCUGCCAACGAAGUUCCGGACGAGUUGCUGAUGUACAGAGGACCCGCUGCUGGAAAGAGACGUAAGGGAGGCUUAUGGACGGAUGUUCGCCGUGGAGAUGAGUCGAUGUGA